GAACGAUUAGGUGCGGAGCAAUAGACUCGAUCAUUCUAUUGAAGAACAAAUUCGAACAAUCUAUUAACCUGAGUGAUAUUUUAAAACAAAGUGCCCACAGUGGUGAAAGGAUUGAAAUUUUGAAAUAUUGAGAAGAGAAAAAUUUCCUCAAGAAAUGAUUUUUCAAAUACGCAUACGUUAUCUUCUGAUCGUAACGGUGAUUGCUACUUUGGUGAAAGCUUACAAACUCAACUGCAGUUCUGGGAGCGCAAGUAGUGAAUCACUUAACGAAACCAAAGAAGGUCUAAAUAAUAUAGAGGAUCUAAAUAUUACAGAGACGUGGACAUGGUUGCCUUUCAAUAGCAGUGACCCUGAGAAUGUGACCACGCUUUGGGAUGAGACGAUACGCACACAUCAAAAGGACGAGCAAGGGAUGAAUUGGUGCAUGCAUGUUGGAACUCGUUUUGAAAAAAUGAACUUUUCAAGAUUUCAGGUAUGUUCUUGAAAUAUUAAAUUUCGACAACUUAUGCAUGGAAGGAACCUUCAUAUGUCAUGUGUUUAUAUUCAUGAUCAUAUUCUAAUUUGUUUCGUCUAAUGUGUCUGCAACUCUUCAUGUAUGUAUGGACUGCAACGUAGGUACACGAACUGCGUGUAGGAACACCUUUAUAUACUUUGUUUAAGUACUUUAUACCAAGAACGUUCCGUUAGGUCUUAAUUCUGGUAUUCACACCACACCAGUCAGGUAAUUAUAUUGGUUAUGCUUGCGAUUUCUUUCUAUUCUUUAUAAGACUGCGCAGAAUUUUUGCCCAUUAUAUAGCCAACGCUCUUAUUGUCUUUGCGCUUUGCGCAUAUCAUCAAGCAAUCAUGGAGGUUGUUUGGAUAAUAUAUUCUAUCUGGCUUAGCCUGGAAGAAAUAAAUCGCUUAUGUGCUUAAUUGUGCUUUUCAGUGAGUUUAUUAAUCUCUUUGUUGUGUCACUCAGUUUGAAACGAUCUACUUUAUUUACCUAUAUCCUUUUCGUUUGUUUAUUGUUGUUGCUUGACACGAAGUUACUGUUUAUUCAUAAAACAUGUCACCUGUUUGGAAAUUGAACUGUGUAUUAAUGACAUUAUACAUAUUUAUGAAAUAAGAGAUAUUAUUUGUAUAUACAGGGUGUCUCAAAAAAACCCAAAAUCAUUGAAAUUGACGUAUUGUUCGAUAUUCAAUGCCCUAGCACUAAGUUAAUCCCACGAGUGCAUAAAAGAUUGACAUAACUGCUAUAAUGAAUGGUAAUACUCAGCGUAAACUUGUUAUGUCAGGCAUAAAGUACUAAACCCACGAAUGCAUAUUACGCAUAUUACAAUUUACGAAGCAUUUUUAAAUUCCCAUGAGCAAACAAACGUUCACUUUACAAAGAUAUUUUAAUUUUUUAAAACAAAUUAAUCACCCUGUCAAAAUCCUUUGUGUUACGGCAUUGAAAUUCGAACAAUACGUUAUUUCAAUGAUUUUGGGUUUUUUUGAGACACCCUGUAUAUACAAAACGUGACUGAGAUUAGAUAUCAACCACCAACUCCAUUCCACGCCAGAAUAUCAUAAUCGGAUUUGCGCAAUAUUUUGUUAAUAUUUGGCUCACCUUUUGGGGGUAUAAAACUAUAGUGUCACUGCGCAAAUUUUCAAGAAUUCCUCCAAAAUAUAGUUUGAUAUCAAUAAUAAAUGGUACGACAACCAGAGAACGUUAUCGAGUUUUUAGAUUUUAAUAUUGUGAGGUCCAUAUCUGUACGGUUUUCAGGUACUUCUACAAAGGUUGAAAAACCCCGCCUAUCCGAUGGAUAGCGCUAAGCCUAUAUAAAGAGGGAACUGUGUCGUCUCUGGCGGGGCAGGCUAUAUCGUACCAAAACAAAUGCACAUUAUUUGUAUACAUGGCAUGCACGAAGCCUAUAUUUUCGAUACGAAGCACAGUUUCGAUCGUUCAAUGUAAUGCAUCUAUAGUUUGCAUCCAUAUAUCGACAGAUCUAGAAACAUUUAUGAUUUCAUCAUUCCGUACAUGCAUGUACUGGGUAAAGCAGCUGAACGAAUAUGAUAAAAAUCCACGGCCUGGUCUUACAGACAUGAUAUAUUCUACUUAUUUCAACGUAAUAUGUAAAUUAGCGAGGAUAGCUUCAACUGUUGUAAAUAGUAAUCGCAAAAGUGAGAAUAAAGUAUAGGCCGCGUCAGAGACUUGCAUGCCGCAUUAUGUCAGUCGAAGCAAAACAACUUUAAAAUGCAUGUAAUAUUGUUUAAUUAAUAUUAGGUUUCUUAUUUUUCCUGUAUUCAUGUACACAGACGUUGGUUUGUAACUAUUUGUCUAUAUAACUCUACUGAUGGCGCACUCAGAAUAAACUCACUAAAUGCAGGAUGGAUAGUGACCUAAACCGAUUCAAUAUAUAUUACACUUAAAUACUUCGACAGACUUUGUUUUGCUUCCAGCAAGUUGCCAACCACCUACCCUAUUCUCACAUUUUGCUGCUGCUGAUCAGCCUGACCAUGCAUUUUUAUGUCGGCAAUGUCUCAAAAGGGAUGAACGAGAGGUAGUUUACGAGAUGGUUCACCGGCCAUGUCGGUAAUCAUCACAUGUCAGCAAAAGGGAUGGACGAGAGAAAUACGAGAUUGUUUCAAAAUUGAAAUAAGAGUUUGCGUUAGUGUUAGGGUUAGUGUGGGUUAGGAUUAGGGUUAGGUGAGUGUAAGGUUUAGUAUUGUUGCAACUAAGUUGAUUCUUUUACGUUUUAAUAAUCUUAAAAGCUGACGGUCAUCUUGAAAACCUGCAUCUAGUCCAUCCCCUUUAGCCACGACCUUGUUAUAUCGAUUUACCUGACCGUUCAGUACCACUGAAUUGCGGUAUACUGUACAAUAAUUUGUAACAUGACUACAGAUUAUUGUGUUUCUCUUUCAUAUACGUCGCUGGUUUUUUACAUCAUAUACACACAGUUCAUACUAUGACUAUGUCUGACGAUUGCGUGACUGAAUUGUUCGACCAAUUCGGUUCACAAAAUUUUUGCACGUACCACUUUACAGGGUGAGUAAAAAAAACUGACACCUUUGCUAUAAUUUGAAUAUCAAAGGUAUCAUUUUUUUUUUACUCACCCUGUAUAUUAAAAUAUACAAAUAUUGUUCUUAAAUGAACGUAGUUUUAUCGACUGUUAUACAGGAUGUCUAAAAAAAAAACGCUAUGGAAAUUCAACAGGCUGUUGUGCAAACUAAACAAUUCAAUUUUUACAUAGCCAUAGGACGAAAGAGCUGUUAUUUAGCUUUUCUAUGAUAUAUUUCUUAAACCGUAACGAUAUGAGAAAUGGCCACAUACUCGUGAAAUAAAAAUUUUCGGUCGAAAUCACAUUCUUCCACCGUUGGGAAUUGAAAAUACAUUAAUUAUGCAAAGUCAAUCCAAAAGCACCGCGAGUCUGCUGCAAGGUACUUGUUUCGUAAAACGUUUUGAUUACGAAUGUUCUCUGUUCAGUGGUUAAUUGAACCAUGUUUAAUGCAAUAAUGGACAUUCUUAUGGUCUUACUAAGACGAAGAUUGACGAGUUGAGUUUAUUUUGAAUAUUUUAACAUUCAAUUUUAAUUCCCUCUUGGGAAUUGUUUAUGUUUCGUUUUCCAUGCAAUUCCCAACGGUGGAAGAAUGUGAUUUCGACCGGCAAUUUUUAUUUGACGAGUAUGUGGCCAUUUCUCAUCGUUACGAUUUAAAAAGAGUAUUAUUGAAAAGCUUAAUAACUGUUCUUUCUUCCUAUGUAAAAAUUGAAUUGUUUAACCACGGUCCACGUUUAUGAUGCACGACAGCCUGUUGAAUUUACAUAGCGUUUUUUUGAGACACCCUGUGCAAUUGCUACACAGUUCAAAUAUACUUUUUAUCAGUCAUAUUUAUAUGACAGAAAUAUGAUAUGCAAUGCUUAAUGUACGGUAUAUAUAUAUGCACAUUUGCAAACAAUUCAUAGAAUGUAUCGUUGAUCCUAUAUACCAAUAACAACUUGAGUUGACGAUGUACACUUGCUGUUAAUUAAACCGCAAAUAGUCGCAUAAAUUGCGCGGCGCGUGCCCAUAAAUGAUAACAUGUAUAAUUGAAUAUAUCGUUAUUUCAAAAAACUCAUUAAUAAUUCAUGAGGAAAACACAAAGAAAAAUCAUAAGCUUGUUGUAUCUAAAGAUAUGUGAUAGAGAUUUCCCCUAAUUUACAUAAACUUUAACUUUGAUUUUCUCGACUUACACAAUGUAUUUUUUGAAAAUUACUUCGCCAAUGAACUUACUAGAUCGAUCGUUUUUGAAACAAUUUAAAACAUUCGCAGUGCGUGUUUUAUCAGACCUAAAGAUACUCGGCUCCGCCUCGUAUCUUUAUAUCUGAUAAAACACUGCUGCUUAUGUUUUAAAUAGUUGAUCAAGUAUUUUGAUUGACCCCACUUUGCAUAUUUUCCAAUUUACACUUUACAUGAAUUUAUCGUAAAGCCAUCACGCUGUUGAGUUUUGAAAUACGAUAGAUGAGAUUAAUUUUUUGUACUUUUGCAAAAGAGAUUUUUGUUUUUUUAUAAAGUACCUGCAGCUUCUGCCCAUGAAAGGAGAAGUUCAAAGGGGGUGUCAAUAUGUACGUAAGGUUAUUUAUAUGGUCAUUCCAACCGUCCUAAUUAUUAUUUGCAUGCAUUUUUGUUUAGGUUUCAACUUUCAAUAAUAAAAAUUACGAUGCAACAGAUGGUACAUGGUCACCUUGACCUUUACACGACGAGCAAGCAAAUUAAACUAAAUCUCUCAAUGUUCAUCAUUUGUUACGAAAAACUGCUAUAUAUCAUAAAGUAAUUUGUACACUUUGAUACACUGGCGGUCAAAAAUAAACUGCAUGCUCAAUAACUCUCCUCCAAUGGCCGCCUCGCAUCUGCAAGAUAUAAUAUGAAUAUAAUAUUUAAUAUAAUAUUUAGGGGCGGACCAUUAGAAAAUUCGCAAAGAUAAAAAAAGAAAAAAUUCAUGCAAAGAGGAAAGGAAAGAAAAAGACAUUUAAUAUUCCGCAAAAAUAUUCUAGAACAAGCAGAUGGUCGAUGUUGUGCAAGUUGAAAAUUCCCCCCCCCCCCAUUGGCCCCUUCAUUGAUCAUCCCUAAAAUGGGUCUUUUCAGAAUCAAUGGUUACAAUCAACUAACUAUAGUGUAGAAGCUAUUAAAUUACACAGUAAGUUCUAGAUAUAAACUAGAUGAAAAAGAAACAACUCUACUGAAACUAACUUAGUCUAUAGUUCUUGCUCACUUAUUAAGUCUUUCUUCGAAUUAAUUUCAAAGUUACUGAUACUUUCGCAUAGCUGGAUAUUUGAAGGUAACUCAGGCAUAGUUUGCUAUGCGGUACUGGAACAAUUUCUGUCCUGUUGCACUUGUAAAAAGUGGGAAGUUUAACAGAUCAUUCUACUUACACUGCUUCUCUAGCAAUGAAUUUAUAACUGAGAUAAAUAGUUAUCACUUAUUUACUGAGACCGAUGGAAACAGUGUUUUGUGGACCCGAGACCGUCGAUGUUUUCCGAGGCGAAGCCGAGGGAAACAUUGACGGUCGAGGGUCCACAAAACACACUGCUUUCCCGAGGUCUCAGUAAAUAAGUGUUUUAUUAUAUAUCAAUAGUCAAAGAAACAACAAAUUAAAGAACAAAUGAACGUAAAUACAUGAAAUAUUUUAUUGUUAAGACGUUAUAUUAAACACUGGCUACACUGCAGUUACUUAAAGCGAAAGUUUUAAUUACGUACUAGGAAUGUCCAAAGGUCGCAUCUUCACGUGAUGGCGCACGUAAAUUUUUUUGUUAUUCGCCGGUCGAUAACGUAUCGUUUCCCUCUGUUGCGAGGGAGACAGCUGCGCUGUUGCGAGGGAGACAGCCUAAUUUUGUCACUCUCACGUGAUAUGCUCUCAACCAAUAAAACACUAGAAAAAUGCGACUAUGACUAUAAUAAAUAUAGUUAUUUUACAGCGGAAUCCAAUUAUAUAGGAAUUUUACAACAAGUAGCUCCUUGUUAAAAACAUAUUUAAUAACUAAUUAGUUUUUUAGAGGGAAUUUCUCACAAGUUCGUUUGACGAAAUGUUCCUCAUUUCAACGUCAAUAUUAAAUUAAGGAGAAGUUUAUGAACCUGUCACCAAAAAUGACUUGGGACCACUGUUCUGCUCUACAAUCUUUGUAUGCAUCCAUCCUUGGAGUGUCCUUAUUGUGGCAAGCAAUAAGAUGUGGUUUCCUGUUUGGUGACAGCCCUUCAUACCAGCAUCUUCAACCAUCAAAAACUUUUUUGUGAUUGAAACAGAGAUGCUACAUUACGUAACACCAGACUCAUUUAGCAUCGCCACUUUUAUUUCCGGAGCUAGCAGUCAUGAAGCGAUCAGGUCUCCUUUUAAUGGUGCUGUCUGCCAAAGGCCUUGAGAUCUGUCACGUUUAAUUCUACCGAUUGUCUGCUUCUUGAGGAUGUCGCUGACAUUUCAUACCACUGCAACCAACCCUAACUGCACUCUCCCCUUCUCAUAACCCUUCUUUUAAACAUGCUAGCCCAAACUUAGCUUUGGAUUCUUUAUGUCAGAUCUUUCCUUAGAUUUUUUCAACCAAGGAAUAAACCUCUAUAGUUGGAGUUUGAAUACAUCACAACUUUCUAUAUGACACUUAGACCAUAGGUCAGGGAUAAUAUAUCAAUUUUUAUCUGUGACAGAAGAGUUUAAUAACUGUUGCUACAAGUGAAAAUUAGAAUUAUAGAUGGAUUUCUAACCAAUUGAGAAGUUCUUUUGGACCGCUAUAGAAUAAUUGACUUAUUGUAUAAAUAAGUAUAAUGAACUGGCAAAUCUGAAAUUGUGGAAAGUUUCGACACUUGAUUAUCUAAAUUUUAUAAGAAAUGUGAUACUAAAUUUCUGCAUUCUGAAAACCACUCCAUCCAUCACUCAUUAUAUUAGAGGCAGUUAAGUUUUUGGUUUUGUCCCAUCGUAAACACAGAAAUCAAUCUCGAGAAAUUGCCUCAGUUGUAAUUCUGAUAAAACCACACCUCAGUGCCCUUGUUUGUAUUCUCUGUAUGAUAUAAAAUAAAGAUUACUGAUAAUAUCGUUAUUAUGUUGUACCAGUUUGAUGGAUAAAAAAUGCAAACUUUGUUGAUGCAUUUGAGAAAAUGUUAGGGGAAUUAUAGAUUUUCACUUAUCACCUGAGUAAGGAGCGUUUUCUGUCCUUCGGUUCCAACUCUCAAUCGUAUCCAAAAUCCAUAAAAGAAUGUGUGUCAUAGAAGAUAUAAUUUUGAAAAAUUGACACGUUGACACAUCGAGCUAAUCUGUGAAUUGCAGACAAAUUCGCGCUGAACUCUGGAGAAUUCUCUAUGCCUUUGGGUAACAGAUCUCACGCUGUUGCAUCUAUUAUACCAUCCUUCAAUUCCUCUUUCCUUACAAAACGACGGAAUAGUUAUGUACAAAGUUUUAGGUAGAUCUCAUUGGGGUUGACGAAUAAUAAAAUAUACUAAUUUUAAGUAGUAAAUACGUACGGGCUUAUCCCCUGCAGUGUUUCCAACUAAGGAGAAGAUUAAUGCCAUGAAAAUUAAAUUGCAAAGUGUUUCAGUGAUUGGUUGCCAUCGUUAAGAACCAUUUUGAGGGUGGUUUCAGAAAAGGUAUUGAGCAGCUAAUUGGUUAUCCCUCUCAAGAAGGCUUUGCACUUUUCAAAAGUGAUUCUAGCUAUGAUUAUUGCAGAUUUAUUAUUGCCAUAUUUAUCAGUGCCCAGAGGCUCUCCCCAUUACGCAUUACCGUAUAGAGAAGAUUCAUUAUACACUGGAGUUAUUUUGAACCGAAUUUUACUCCACACUUCAUGGAGUUAUUAACCUCCUCUCAAAUUAAACUCCAUAUUAACACUGUAUAUAUAUGAUACUGUAUAAUUCAACCUGAACGACUGAAGGUUAUAUUGACUAUUCUCAAAGAACUUACUGACAUGUAGUCAAAAGACAGUCCUUGGAACGAGGUUGAUGUUGUAGUGUCAAUGCGCAUGUCGCACCAAAACAAGCCAGGAUUUUCUAGGAUGGGAGUUUGAUCACAGUUUAUUUUUCAGGCUGUGCAGGUCGAAUAGUGUUGCCCAACAAAUUGUGACUUUUCUAAAAUUGAGCGUUGAAAAGUAUAACCAAGUAAUUAUAAAUUGAAGAGAUUUUAGACCGGCGAGGUUCAUAUCUGACGUCUUUAGGUAUUUCUACAAAGAUUGUAAAAGCCCGCCCCUGAGGACAACAAGGGAACUAUCAUCUCUACCACAAGCAUAGACACACUACGGGGGUCACAAUAUAUUCCAGAGCCCGAGAGGCCAUUUGAAUGGCAUAAAGGAAGUACUUGUCAGUUUUUAGCCAUUAUUACGUCUAUUAUACACGAGCGAAUACACCCAGCUAUGGUUCCCCUGCGAUGUUGUUCAAUGACAAUGUUGUAUAAUUUUAAGUGAUUUGCACUAAACAAUGCAAGAUGUCAAAUAUUUUUGGCCGGAUGUGAUUUAAUUGAAUCAGUACGAAAAAUGAAGUACUGUUUGCAAUGCACGAUUUGUACAAAAGUACUAAACAUUUUGUAGUUUUGUUAGUAUUCGUAACUCUACACUCUGCACUAAUUUCCAUGCACCUCCAAUGAAAAUGCACAUUGUUUAUUUGCUGAGUGGAAAUGGAUAAAGUAUUUUUUUCAAUAUUUUCAAGUUAAUCUCAAAGCUGAUACCUAUUCCUGUGUCUUCGGUACCUAUAGUGCACAUCAGCAACAUGCCACAAUCUUUCUAGCCUUGGGGGUAAACAACAGUAAGAGGGUAACCGAAUAUGUGCGUGACUAUACCAGUGAGCUCUAUAUAUACCUCAAGCAAGGACGUCAGUCAUGCGGCCGAUAACAAACGUGAAGCCAAGAUGGCGGGAUUGAUGUCCAGUGAGCUAUGAAGUUUAUAAACAUGCAGUUUUAAUACCAUUUUCCCCAGCUAAUUCCAGUUUUUCUAGCGGACCGUAUCGCUAAUAUGAGUUAUCUGUUCAUAAAACCAUAGCAUUAUUCUUUAAAUCGAAGUCAAAAUAUGCGAAAUUCGGCACACUCCUUGCAGACCGCGCAGACAAAAACGAUAGACAGGGACUGAACUCCAUCUUUGGCUUCAUUUUUGGCCUCAAGUUCUCGCUUAUAUAUAUUUCGAGCUCACUGGAUUAUACUCACAUUCAUUUGUCCGGACUCAAACAAAACCUAGUAUAUAGCUGGACUUGAAUGAAACAUUUUUUAUUUGUGCGUAGGACAGUCAUCCAUGUUAUUUAAAACACGCUCACUUAUUCUUUCUUGAAUAUAACCUUAUGUAGUAACAUUGUAGCAUCGUGAUAACAGUGAUAGCACGCGCUGAAAGCUAAACUUAAUUAAUUUCAAAUUAAACGCGAGUCCAGCUUCGCUAUAAUUAUCAUAUAUGUCAUCAUGGGAAUUGAUCCUUUGUGCACCCCAACGGUUCACGUUCUUUAGUACCAUAAUUGUACUUGUUUAGAGCAUACAUUAUCGUAAUUCAUCCACUCGUAACUAUAGUAGGUCAUUAAAAUCCCUUUAGUUAGGAAUGUAACACCUCGUGUAACACCAUUAGUUAGGAAAUUUUGAUGUACUGAAUUGGCAACUUUUCCAGAAAUUUUAGGACCAGAUGGGGGAACUCGCAUUCGCUUAUUUUUAGACUGGGAACAUUGUAUUUUUAAACUAAAGAUGAAUCAUUAAAUCAUUAUUACAUUAUUAUUACAUUCCAGAAUUCAAAUAACUUCAAGGAAAGCUACCCCUUAUGCAGAACAGUUACAUGUUAUUUCACAUAUGAUAAUGGUCAUUUCAUGUCUGAAACCAUCCCCCCUCCCCCGCCGUCGCCAACAUUUCCGGGAAAAUUUUUAUAUUAUACCCCCGCUCCCCUAAAUAAAAACUGCUCCGCCACCACUGUCUCAACUUUAACAUUGGAGACCUAUUAUUGAGAACUUUCAAAGCAGAGAAUUACCAAACCCCAUUAAACUCUAUAACGCCUGGGACUAAACUAAAAAUAUUAAAAAUGGGAAAAAUAUUGUAUAUGCAUAAAUUCACCUUGAUAACCAAAUAUUUGUAUUUUUUUCAGCCAUAAGUAAGCUAGUUUAGGAUAUAUUUUUUGUGCACAUAUGUUGACAUCAGGAAUUUAUGGAAUAAAAAACAUAAUUUUUUAAUGAUCUGAGUAUAAUGAAAAUCAUAUAAUAUUUACAAGAAUGGUACAGUUAUGCAGAAGUUAUGCCAUGGCAAUCCAAAAAGCAUGUUGUCCCUGUUUAUACGCACAGGUACACUUGGCACUUUGUCUUUGAGCACAAAAACCUUGCUGUUCUGCUACAACCAGUGUUUUUGCAACGUCGAGGCUUCUCAAACUGAAGAGGCCAGUGGUUUCAUUUGUCACGUAUCUUAACUUCCUCAUAUUAUGUUAUCGCUUUUUAUGACAAAAUAAACCAAAAUUUGGAAGAAAUUAUCAAUAAUACCGAACGACGCCAUGUUUACUUGCCGCCACUAAUUCCCAUCACUCAAAAGUCAAAAGAAGGUUUUGGGAUACUCUGUAUAAUUAUUACACGAAGUACAAGUCAACAACAUACACCGAAAUUAGACUGAAAUCUGACGUCAUGUUUGCUCUGAAAUGUGUACACAUAUGUUACCGCCAGGCGUUAUAGGGUUUUAAUACAUGAACUGAAUAACUCAAACUCAAAUUGACGUACCGUUAUUGAAAUGCAGGCUCAAGAUUAUUCACAAGCAAACUAGAUUUUAUGACUUGUUACACUGGUUGAGACAGCGUCUGAAAAUGGGCUCGAAUCUUUUAUCAAGUGUUUUUUUUUCGUUGUCGGUGUCACAAACUAGGAUUUUUAUCAGUAUGAGAUUAUUGAACUGCGAACCCAACUUAUUAGGCUAUUCAACUAGGGAUAAUUAGGAUCGUUUAGGACACUUUCUACUUGUGUAGCUUUGUGUUUCUAUGUGGAUAAAUUUUGGGUAAGUUAUGGAUAACGCAGGAUCAAGUGUGAAUAUUGUGUUUACAGCAUUAAAAUUAUUUACAAAAUUAUUAACAUCAAUUACCCUGGCUAUGUGUAUUUAAAAUUACCUAAUAUAUAUUUAUUUGUGCAUUAAUAUGAUUAUGCUAAAAGUUCUAUCUAUCUAAUUUAAAAUUGUACUCAUUAAUUGCAUAAAGGACUAUUUCAAAAUAAGUUAUACAUCUUAUCUCCAUUUGCCCUGCAUGGUAUUUCUUUCUCUCAUUUCAAUCUCCUUCUUUGGUAACAGUACUUGUCCGAGAAGUAUGUGUGAUCGUUCCAACCGAUAUCCUCGAUUAGGGAAUAGGGAAGUGCAUAGUUUUUCCCGCGUCGUUCUAAGGUCGGUAGAUUGCUUUAGAUUAACAGAAGUUAAUAAUAGUCACCGCCAUGGCCUGGAUAAAUUAUUCUCAGGGCACGGUUUUGAAUUCUUUCUAUGUUUUUCUUUUGCAUUUGUCUUAAACCACCGCUCCAAAUUUGCGCUCCGUAUCGAGAACAGAACGAAUUACUGCACAAUAGAAGACCAAUCGUACGCCAAUCUGUAUGGGAGGGGGGAGGGGGUGGGGACCGUUGCUUCUUGUACCAGAAAUUAAAUGCAAGAGAUGCAUGAGAGGUUCCAUUUUCAUUUUCCAUUGUAGUAAUUUGAUUUAUAUACCGAAAACAUAUAUCCUCUCUUUAAAUUUUACAAAGUGCAUGUUAUCUCCACUGCACGUUUUCUAAUUUGAGAGAUCAUCUGACAAAAAGAGGGAUUAUGAUCAUUAAUUUGCUUUGCCUCUGGAAUAAUUUACUGGUGAUAUUUAAACCGAGAGCCGUUACUGAAACAAAGCAAAAUGAUUGCUUGAGUAUACAUUCCUGUUGUGCAUGCAAUGGCUUUAUACUUUGCUUUAACCACAAAGUAUACAUUCGAUUAAAUUAAGCUAGCUUUUUAAAGGAAGCGUUGUUGUAAAACUUACCAAAAAAUAGUAAUGAGAAAAAAUUACAAAUCACUUUCUUUCAAAAGUAGUAAAUUACAAAUUGCUAAUUACUUAUCAAAUUAAUUUAAAUUAUGAUUACUAAUUACUUUGUUCUAUGCACAGUAAUAGUAAAAAUUACAACAAUAUCAAAAUGCAGUAAUGAUUAAUAAAUGGAUAUUUUCCUUAAAACGAUAGCCUGCAUGGCAGGCGGUACUAGGAAAUACCGCCUGCCGCAAAACUGGGUGUAAAUGAACUACCGCCCCUGAAGCAUCAAAGCUAUUUAUAGAUGUCAUUAAGUAAAUAUUCAAAAUUAGCCACUCCCAAGUUGCUCCCAAGUCCCAACUGCCCAACAUAAAAUAAAUUCCUUGAUUCUCAUCACCGCCCGACUGAAUUUUAAAAUCCUCGUGAAAAUGUUUUAUAUUUUGUUAUACAAUAUAAAUGUACCGCCCGAAAAAAUAAUUCAAGACAGUUAAUUUUUAAAUAUUUUAUAUAGGGUUUUUAUUGCCAUUUUAAAUUUCCAUUUUGAAACAAACAGAAUUUUGAAUGAAAUUUCAUUGUAUUUUAAAGAAAUUCAGUCAUUCUGUCAUUGUUCGUGGAGAUACGAACUAUUGAUAUAUAAAUUAUAUAAAUAUAAAAUAUAAAAAAUAAAUCUCCCACUGUCUUUGACAUUUCAAAGUGUAGACUGUGUCUAGUGAUGAGAAUCAAGGAAUUUAUUUUAUGUGUUAAUAUAAACCAAGCUCGUUUAGCUGCCUUAAAACGGUGGUUUAAUAAGCUCAAAAUACAGAGCAUGCAAGUCUAUACUAUAGAUUCAUCAUCAGUCAACAACCAAACUGAAAGUUUUGAACCUUAUAGAACGAUAGUUUUUAUUUGUUUACAACUAUACAUAUUCAACGGGUAUAUAAGAGUUUAACUGUUAUUUGAUAAUUACUGCAUCAACCGGCCCCUAGUUCAUACUUUGGAGGUUCGUAUAUCUAUCAAGUAUCUUUGGUUCAGAACAUGACGGGCCUAUAUGAAAAUCCCACCGUUCGAUUCAGUGAAGAAAUAUCUCCUAAUUUCUAUCGAUAGUUUUAGUAAAAUGUCAACAUUAUUGCGAUUUAUGGUCUUUGAAAGUCAAGCGAGAUCGUAUAUUAUCAAAUUAAUACGCAUGUAAUUGUCUGAACGAAAAUAUAGACUAGCCCAUACCUUUCGCUGAUCAUAACUUCAGCCCCUUCGGACGUAUCUUCUUUGUUAAAUAUUCUUGUACGAAUCGCUAUCAAAAACACUACUUAGAGUGUUAUUUUUCAGCUUGUAUCUUUAAAUUUGCUUCUUUUAUUAUGGUAUUCCAUUUCUGGUCUGACUUGACGUGAACUAAUUUCAAAACGCAGAGUUUCAAAACGUCAAAACAUUUGGUUAAUGAUUAACAUUUAACCAAAUUUAGCCGUUGAUUGACAAGUACAUAAAAAUACUAACCAAUCCGUUUUUUCCGUUCACCAGCGGACGGGUAAUUCAAAAACCCCUAGUUUUGCGGCAGACGGUAUUUCCUAUGACUCCCUAAUUUUCGCUGCCUGUAGAAAUACCGCCUGCCGCGCAGGCUAUUAAAACGAGGGAGGGAAUCGAAGGUCAGAAAGUAUGGAUUUCAUUUUCAACGCAUGAAUAGAGAUUAGAGAUGUUGGUCAGAAUACUUAUUGGCUGUUGCAUGUCUAAAUAAAACCGGUUGAAAAACUAUAGUGGUGUUGGAUGAUUACCAUACAUAAUUAUUACAAUAAGUCAUAAUUAUAAUGUUGUAUGCCAGUAUGGAAUAUAAGAAUUAUUGAAUGAGGAUAUCCAAAAGCGAGCAGGAUGUCCAACAUUUUACAGAAUGAUAAUAUAUACCGCUGUAUAUUAUCGUACUCCGCCCAAUAUAAUAGCUAUAGAUAUUGGUUCAUGUCAAGCACAAGCACGCUGUAAACACAAGCUAGCACGAUUACAAAAGAAAAUUUUACCUUGGCUUUGGGACUUACGAAGCACUUUCUUUUCAUGUUUUUUCUUUCCCAGAGUUUCCCUUACCUUAUGCCACAGCCUAUCAAUGGGAAGAUGGCUGCAGGAUCAGAUUUCAUGUAUAAACGUUGACCAACAUAGAAAUGAGUUAUAUUGUUAUUCUAAAGAGUUUCACAGCCAUCUUCCCUUCGAUAGGCUAUGCAUGCUUAUGCUUAGAGCAGCCUGCAGCACACGAGAGCUAUCUGCUGAGCAAAAAGUGACUCGUGCCUGUUAGCUCAGCCGAUAGCUCACCGAUCAAACAUGUUUGAUACGCGAGAAAAGGUUGCAUGAGGCAUAAAACUCAGUGAAAUGUACCCACACACGGUGAGCUAUCGGCUGAACUAACAGGCACGAGUAACUUUUUGCUCAGCAGAUAGCUCUCGUGUGCUGCAGGCAGCCUUGCUUCGGAACCCGCGCGUCUGAGUCGGAGCAUGGGGACGAGGCUGUGCUGCAGGAUUAUACUUGUGCUUAUGUCACUCGUGUGAACCAGGGUCAAGGUAAGGGUAAGGAAGAGCUCAGCAUUCAUUCAAACAGCGAGACAUUAAUCUAUAACCACCCAAAACAAGUACAUGCUGAGUACAAUGAAUAAUAAUGUAAACAAUAAUGCACUCCAUCAUGCAUAUUGAAUAACGUUAUUGAGUAAACAGUCAUGAUUCUUCCUAUUUGUAGUUUAUGCUUCCAUGGUAAAUACAUAAAUAUAUAGGUGGGGGAAUUAAAAAUGCAGGCAAAAAUUUUUAGUUAUUUCUCUUAUUUUGUUUGUUAUUUAAAUACUCUUUAUUCAAUAGGAAAUAAUAUAAAUAAAUGCAUAUCAUUGUUAUAGUAUUUGAUAUAAUUGAUGUCGGUUGUGCAAGUGACAAAACAACACCAGUUUGAAGAAUGCGUGUUGCUGGGCUAUAUGACUUCAAACUUCAAGAAAAGCAAUUACAACUGUUUAAUCUACUGAGAAUGAUAUCAUAUAGAAAGAUUAAACUUGAAUGAUAUACAAAACCUUAAUUAGUAGACUGGUUUUUUUUGUGCAGUCUUGCCACGAUGACCUCGUUUUCAUGUGGGUCAGUUUCCACAUGUGUUGUGCGCAGUACGGUUAUAGAUGGGAACAUAUUCGUGCACGAAUAUGUUCCUAUCUAGAAUAGAAACAUAUUCACGUGCACGAAACAUGGGGAUAUAACUGCAUGUACGCCUGCCAUGCUAAAAUAGGGAAACAUGGAGACGAGGCCAUUGGGAAAUGAAAUAAACAGUUUAAGUCUACUAUGGUGCCAAAAAUCUUAAAUGGUUUAGAAUCUUCUGGUUGUCUGGCGAGAUUAUAUAGCGCUGUGAAAUUCUCACAAAUUGUGUAACCCCAUAAAAUUUACCCACGUCAAUUAACCAACCUGUAGUUCACGGUUGGGUGUUAUUCACGAUCAUUCGCAUUGCCAAAUAUCUUUCAAGAUCUCCAGUGUGUCUACUACUCAAUACACAUCAUGUCGUGAAAUUGUGUUUGGUAAUUAUUGCUAACACUUAUUGUCGCCAGAGAUGUGUGACAGUUUAUUGACUUGUUCGUAAACUUCAAUUGUUAAAUGACAGAUAACCGGAAUUGAACCAUACACAUUAAUGAUAAUGAAAAGCAGUUAAUUUGCACUAAUCGCCGUCUUGCCUACUUUUAAAUCUCAAUUUUCUUAAGUCCAUUUAUAUUCAUUAACAGUUAAAGGUCAAUAGUUUUAACUCAGUUCUAUAGGAAACUCCCUGCUGACUUCUUCAGUUCUUUAAGGGCAAGUCGGCAAGAUUGCAGUAAUAAAGCCAAUUUAAGUGAUAAAUAACAAUUCCCAAGUAUAGCACACACAUGUGUACCAAGGGUUUGAUAAUUCUUCAUUAUAUGAAAAGCACCUGUGUGUACGUUCAACUCGUCGAAAUUCUGACCAGCGAAAAAAAUGGUCUUGCCAACCUUAGUUACUAUAGAUCUUCAAUGUUUUCCAAAACAUCAUUUUUAUUUAGUUGAUUUAACCAAAUACAAAGGAAACAUUAUCCAUUCGCCUUGUCUUUUCAUCCAUUUCAAUUAACAUCUUAAGUAUUAUGAUCCAUAUAAUGAACGGAAUCAUCAACAGCAUGUUUAGAGAUGUUCUUCCUUAGUUUACAUUUUGAUCAGUUCUCAUCUGCUUAUCAUGCACCAUAAUUAUCAUAAUGGUAACGUUACUUUUCUAUAAUACUGAGGUCUCUAUUAUACUGGGUAUGCAUCUCGUUCGAUAGAACUGAAUUUUAGUAGAUGGAAUUUUUUAGUCCCUCAGGCAGAAAUCGAAUAUGCAACGCUGAAAAUCUAGUGCACCGCUCUAACUACUGAGCUACAGAGCCCAGUUGCCGAGCAUUAACCACAAGUUCUUGUAUAUAUAGUUGCACCGGAUCGCAGAACUGCAAGUUCGAUUCAUGCAGGAGGGCCUAAAGUUGCAUUUUCCGCAGCUGCUCCAGCCUUAUUCCACGCAGACUUACUACAUGCGUUAAAGUUGGUUAGAAAAGCAUUCCUUGGUCGUUAUGAUUAGGCCUACAGUAAUAUUUAUAUCAAAAUUCUUUUCAUUUUCAGCUGACAAACAAAUGUUGCAAAGAGCACUUUAAGUCAGAACUCUUGGAGAUCAACGAUGACCUACGCUAUAAAUGCGCAGAUGAGAAUGACUUCUUCAAUUGCCUCAAGCAGGUUAACACUAAGAUGUCGCAAUCUAUUGGUGAUUAUUACUUCAACAAGGUUCCUCCGCCCACGUGCUACAAGGUGGAAGAAAAUGAUUACUGUUACAGAUCGCUUUGCGGUAGUGCCAUCCUGAAAAUAUCCACCGAUGCUUCUUUACCGGUGUUUUGAAGAACCAUCCAUGUAGAAUCAUGUAGAUGUGCAUGUGUAAAACAUGUUUUGUGAAACAAGACCAAAGUCGGAGUUUGAUCACUGAGGUGGUUUUUAGUUGAAUGAUUCAACCAAAUUCAACCUUUUUAAGUUGAAUGUCUAGUGUAUAUAGUAAUGGUUUAGGCACUAGCCAUCAUUUAGAAUAGAAUGACGUGUUACUGAUUCACACAAUCAUGAUUGUGCUUGUAUAAUUAUUCUAUAUUGAUCGAUUGCAUGAAAACUAUUUUCGGCAGCCAGGAUGCUGUACUCGAUUGCCUUUUAUUCCCCGUGUUUCUCAGUAUACAGUUACAGAAACACGCAUGGUGUUUGGGAGAACGGGAGAAAUAAUCAGUAUAGGAAAGGCGAGUUAUGUUAUUCCACGUUAUUUCGAGUUUUCCCAAACUACCACAAGUGUUUCAAUAACUGUAUAGAAACACAGCAAAACAUUUUUUCUGUUUCUUUUAUAAUAUAAUAUAAUUCAAGAAAAGAUUUAUAGCCAUUUUUUAUAUUGAUUAAUUUACAAAUUCUCAUUUAUCACACCUCAGCAUAAAGUCCAUUUGAUUAUAAAAUAGUCAAGUUCUUCUCAUUUAAACUGAGAAUUCCUUCCUUGUCUUGUGGGUUCCUUAAUUUGGUUGUCAGAAUUUAUAAAACUAUUAAAACAUCGCGUGCUAUAAAUGUUAUAUUAUAAUAUUGUAUAUAUAGACGAGAAAUGUGACUGUUUUAGAGAAAUCAUAGAAUUAGUACUGACAUUCGCUAUAAGAAACAUUUUUAUAUAAUUCGGCAGUAUUUAGUUUCCAUGUUUAAUUAAACUAACUUUUAAA